AGAACAAAAAGUCUGAAACUGGGUGCUUAUGGCCUAGGUAAAACAGCAAAGGGUUCAUAGGCUAGCUAUAUAUAUGAACACUCAAUUUCCUUUUCCUUUCAUUCCAAUCAUUGUAUCCAGGGGAGGAGGUCAAAAGGCAUCUAUCAUCCACCCAAUCCUAGGCUAGCUAGGCUGUCUCCAUCUCUCUCUCUCUCUCUCUAUCUGUUUCUUGUGUGCAAGUGUGUCUGUUAAAUAAGAAAACUAAAAUGAAAAGCGCCUCCUCGAAUCGUGGUCUUCGUGGAAGCUAGUGCAGGAGUGACCUUCACGAUCCCGCCACCUCUCUCUUUUAUUUUUUGUUUCAUGAUACAUAAUCUCGGAUUACCACAUGACCGUUUCCUCAAGUGUUUGAACUUUCCUUAACAAACCCAUCUCUCUCUUUCUUGCUAUCCUCUCGCUCUCUUUUCUUGUUUGAAGGGUUAUCCUAUUCCUUUGGUGGGUUUUCUUGAUAUUUGGUUUCUGUUAACCUUUCUGGGAUUCUUUGACCCGAUAUAAUCUUUUAGCAAUACUACUAUUAUUUUUCUUUAUUGGGGUUCCCUCAUCUUUUUGUUGUUUUCUUCUGAGAUUCUUCCCAGUGGGCCUUUUUGGCUUCUCUUUUCUGUUCUUUUGCGUUUUGGGCAACUCUUGUUAGUUAUUAUAUUUUCCUUCUGUUUGGUGAGUGAGUUUAGCCUCUCUGUCUUGCAUUAGCUCUCUCUUUUGUUGAUGGGGUGUUGAUGUCUUUGGCGGUUGGUGAGGAUUCAAGUUCCAAAAGCAUGGGGUUUGACAAGGACGGGAGAGAUGAUAGUGAAGCUUCUGAGACAAAAACAGAACCAACGACGCCUCCAAACGAAGGUGACGUUGUAGAACAUCGCCCUGCAAUCGCUAGGAAAGCAAGCGAGAGUUCUCUUUGUCCAACUGAGGAUGAAGAUGAUGACGAAGAUAGGAAGAUUGAAUUGGGCCCUCAGUUCACCCUUAAAGAACAACUGGAAAAGGACAAGGAUGAUGAGAGCUUGAGGAGGUGGAAGGAACAACUUCUUGGGACUGUGGAUUUCGAGUCCGUUGGAGAAACUCUGGAACCAGAUGUUAAGAUCCUGAGCCUUGCAAUCAAAUCACCUGGUAGGCCUGAUAUGGUACUUCCAAUUCCAGAGGAUGGAAAGCCUAAAGGUUUAUGGUUUACCUUAAAAGAAGGUAGCAAAUACAGCCUGCAAUUUACAUUCCAAGUAAGCAACAACAUUGUAUCCGGCCUCAAGUACACUAAUACGGUUUGGAAAACUGGUGUCAAGGUGGAUAGCACUAAAGAGAUGCUUGGAACCUUCAGUCCCCAAGCAGAACCAUACACUCAUGAAAUGCCUGAAGAAACAACUCCAUCUGGAAUGUUCGCUAGAGGAAAUUACUCAGCUAGAAGUAAGUUUGCCGAUGAUGACAACAAGAGCUACUUGGAGAUAAACUACACCUUCGACAUCCGCAAAGAAUGGCAACCAUAGACCACGAAAUCUCCACUCUCAUUGCUCUGCUCCGACUCCAUUGUGUGCCCAAGUCUCCUUUAGAUGUGACCAUAAAUUCAUUUUCCUUUCUUCUUAUUUGCCAUCUAUCCUGGGUGAGACUGAUCAUCUACACAAUGAAAAGAGUUAAAUCUUCUUCUUUACUCUCUUAA